UUCUUUAGGGUUCGUUGUUUGAUUCUGGGAUUUGGGAAUUUUUUUUUCUGCGGUUUUAGGGUUUCAUUCUUAAAAUUUUGAACGAAUCGAAUGGUUAUCUCUAUCUCUCUACCUCUCUCAUUAUCAUGGUUGAGAUUGGAUUCUCAAGUUUGGGUUUUGUGUGUAGAAAAUUUGAUUGGGAAAUUUUGAGACCAAGACAUUUAACUCAGAUCCUAAUCUUUUUCCAUUGAAUUUGUUUGGCUGAGCUGAAUUGUGAAUUGUGAUGUUUGGUUUCAGAGAAAUGAAGACUCUCGCUUAAAAAUGAAACGUCAACGUUUUGUUGUUUACGCAUUGAGGAGGCUAAGAAGUUUGAGAGAAGAGAUGGCUGAUCAUCUGAGUUCAUGUACCGACCGUCUCGUAACACCUGAAACCUUAAAUUCAGAUAGAGGAUCCAACGAAACAAUUGAAUCUUCUGGAGAGAGUUCUAAAGCUCAAGGCAGCACAAGCCUGUCUACUACUACGAAAACCAAGGAAGACGGAGAAGCAACGGAACAGCGCCAUGUGGCUGACGAAGAGGAGCCGCUGAUCCAAUCUGUUGAAUGUCGUAUUUGCCAAGAGGAAGAUUCCGUUAAGAACCUCGAGUCACCUUGUUCUUGUAGUGGCAGUUUGAAGUAUGCACAUCGGAAGUGUGUUCAACGUUGGUGUAAUGAGAAAGGCGACAUAACCUGUGAAAUUUGCCACAAGUCUUAUCAACCUGGAUACACCGCUCCACCGCCUCCUCCUGCUGAUGAAACCGUAAUUGAUAUCGGUGAAGAUUGGGCCAAUGGUGUUCCAAUCGAUCUGAACGACCCGCGCAUUUUGGCAAUGGCGGCUGCAGAGCGCCAUUUCUUUGAUGCGGAAUAUGACGAAUACGCUGACUCUAACUCAAGUGGAGCUGCUUUUUGUCGCUCCGCUGCUCUUAUUUUGAUGGCGCUUUUACUGUUACGACACGCACUGAACCUUUCAAACAACAACUCAGACGAUGAAGAAGAUGAUCCAUCAGCUUUCUUCUUUCUUUUCAUGCUUCGUGCCGCCGGUUUUCUUCUCCCGUGUUACAUCAUGGCUUGGGCUAUUAGUAUAUUACAACGUCGCAGGCAAAGACAGGAAGCGGCUGCUCUGGCUGCUGCAGAGGUAGCGUUUAUGUUGCACAGCGGCGGGGGCGGUGGAGGACAACGUAGAGGAGGAUUACAUUUUGCUGUAGCACCUGAGCUAAUAUCUAAUCCACACCACCAACCUGAAGCUUCGCCUCAAUGAUAAUAUUACCAAUCACUGGUAUGAGAUUUGUGUGUGUCUCAGUGUCUGUGUAGUAAGCCUUGUGUGUUUGUGUUACCUGGUUUUGCUUGCUCUCAUCAAACACACAAACUGAGAUCUUAAAACCACAAAGAAAAACACGACAAGUUUCUUCUUUGUCUAUCAUCUUACGAAAAUAAAAGAUUGUUCGCAUGUUGAAUUUGUGUUUUUGCUUUUAAUUAAUCUUGUUAACUCAA